AUGACGCUCGAUAUUGGCAACGACGCAUUGCUGUGCAAAAUAUUACCCACCAGCCUACAAGGGCAAGCCCUCUCAUGGUUUCAUCGCCUACCUCCCAACUCUGUUGACAAUUUCAGAGAUCUAUCCGAAGCUUUCGUAGGACAAUACUUAUGCUCUGCUCGACAUAAGCAGAACAUCAACACUCUGCAAAACAUAAAAAUGCAAGAUAACGAAUCCUUAAGGGAGUUCGUAAAGCGGUUUGGUCAAGCUGUACUUCAGCUAGAGGCUUAUAGCAUGGAUGCUGUCCUGCAGAUCUUCAAACAAAGCAUCUUUCCAGGCACCCCAUUUUUCGAAUCGCUAGCUAAAAAGCCUCCUACAACGAUGAACGACUUGUUCAGAUGUGCAAGCAAAUACUCAAUGCUCGAAGAUGACGUACGAGCAGCCACCCAAUGGCCUAGACCCCUCGGAACGGACCCAUCCAAAAGAGAUCAUAACAAGAAAUGUGCCUUCCACAAGGAGUAUGGUCACACAACGGAAGAAUGCAGGUGCCUCCAUUAUUUGGUCGAAAGGCUCAUAAGGGCGGGGCAUUUAAAGCAAUACCUCCGCUCAGAUGCCGGAGGUAGAGACGCUUCCCAAAAUCACAACUCUGGAGCCCCCAAGGCCCCAGCCGCCUCUAAGGCCAUUAUAAACUACAUUAACGAAGGCCCAUCUGAAGAGGAGUAUGACUCCAAACGAAAGAGACAAAAGUUGUUGCGGGCUGCAUCGCCACAUCGCGACGCCCUCAUCCUAUCCCUAGAGAUAGGAGACUUCGACGUGAGACGCAUUCUGGUUGACCCGGGCAGCUUGGCCGAUCUUGUGCAAGCAUCGGUCGUUAGCCACAUGGGACACAGUCUCACGGGCCUUGAAAACCCUGGGCGAAUCCUGUCUGGAUUCAACGAAUCGUCAACUACUUCCUUGGGAGACAUUGUACUGCCGGUCCAAGCUGGCCCAAUCACUCUCAAUGUACAAUUUUCGGUGGUACAAGAUUUAUCGCCUUUCAAUAUCAUCUUGGGGCGCACAUGGCUACACUACAUGAAAGCCAUCCCCUUUACAUAUCAUCAAUUGGUGAGUUUCCUUACCAACGAUGGGCAAAUUGACCUCUAUGGCGGCCAGUUAGCCGCUCGCCAAUGCUACCAGAUAGCACGAGAAACAGGGACCAGCCAGGAGGAUGCAUCCCUCCCUGAGUCCAACCAUGCGCGUGACCAAUAG